GUUUUCCUUUGAUCUGUCAAAUGCUGGUCGUUGAAUCGCCGCGAGUCGCAAACUCUUUCCGCAUGUGUUGAUAGGAUUCGGGAUAGAAAUCCUGCGAUAUUCCUCGGUUUCCGCGUCCGAAACUAGUGCGAAUCGGUUCGAUUGGUGCUUUAAGUGUUAUUUCCAUAACUAGGUUUUUGAACAAAGUCUCAAAAUGCAGCAGGACGAGAUCGUGUGGAGCAUCAUCAGCCGGCAGUUCUGCUCGUACAUGGUAAAGACCCAAACUCAGAACUUCUGCCGCAACGAGUACAGCUUGACGGGUUUGUGUUCGCGUAAAUCCUGUCCCAUUGCCAACAGCCAGUAUGCCACAAUCCGGGAGGAGAACGGUAUAAUUUACCUGUAUAUGAAAACGGCCGAACGGAAUGCAUUCCCGGCGAAACACUGGGAGAAGGUGAAGCUUUCGCGCAACUUCGAGAAAGCCGUCCAUCAGAUCAACGAGAAUCUGCUUUAUUGGGACCGAUUUGUGCGGCUGAAGUGCAAACAGAGAUUCACCAAAAUUACCCAAUAUCUUAUCAGGAUGCGGAAGUUGAAGCUCCGACGCCAGAAGAUGUUGGUUCCGCUGUCCACGAAGGUGGAACGGCGAGAGCGGCGGCGGGAGGAAAAGGCCCUGGUCGCGGCCAAGAUCGACAACGCCAUCGAGAAGGAACUGAUGGAACGGUUGAGGAAGGGAGCCUACGAGGACAUCUACAACUUCCCGCAGACGGCGUUCAACAAGGCGCUGGAAGCGGAAGAAGUGGAAGAUGAAGAUGAGGAGGAGGCGGAGAGCGAGAUCGAGGAGGAGCUGGAGAAGGAGAUGGAAAUUGACGAUGAGGUGCAGAAGGAACUGGACAUGGAUGAUGAGUUUAUCGAGGGCGAUUCCGAGGAUGACGAGGAUGAGGAGGAGGACGAGGAAGAGGGAGAUGAGGAUCUGGAAGAUGAAGAAUCGGAUGCGGAAAGUGAAUCUGGUGUUCGAGAACGGGUGGAAGUGGACAGCGAUUUUGAGUCGAGCGAGGAUGAAGAUAUCGAGGAUAUCGCACCGAAGGUCACGCCCCGUUUGCCGAAGAAAGCGAAACCGUCGACCAGCGCAGAGCAAGGACCCAGCACCAGCGCCAAGAAGAAACCGAAGAAACUGCGCAAACCCCACCUGGAGAUCGAAUAUGAAGUGGAAACCGCACCAACGAGGCAUCGGUUACAUAAAUGAGGUACGACCGCCACCACCAACUGGUCACUAUGUUAAUUCUUUAAGAGUUCAGUGGAUAUAUUUUUAUGUGCGGAAAGAACACACAGAAAUGUUAUUUCCGAAUUGCAAAACAAAGUAAUAAAGUUCGAGAGGAAAGACAGCAAAAAAAAAAAA